AUGCUGGGGACACUCUGCACUCUCAUCACUGCUCUAACAUGUAAGGAGUCUGACUUCCUGGAGGUUUUACUUCAUGUUUUAUUAAUAAUGAGUCUGUAUGUUUCUCUUUACUACAUGUCAUCUUCUUAUUUCCCAGGUGUCAGUGGUGUGACUGUGGUGACACAGAAGCCUCCUGUUGUGACGGUCAGGAAAGGAGACACGGCCACUAUGGACUGUAACCUGGGGACUGUUGAUAAUAGUGCUCGUUGGUACAAACAGGUUGCAGGAGGAGUCCCUCAGUAUGUUUUACAGUGGUACUACUAUAAUUGGACCUCUAUAAAAUAUGGCUCCGGUUUCUCCUCUCCUAAAUUCACAUCUAAUCAUCAGUCUAUAUCAGAUUAUCAUUUGAUUAUUAAUAAUGUGGAGGAGGAAGACUCAGCAGUGUAUCACUGUAAGACAAAUGACUACUCUGUUGACGAGUGGGUAUCACAGUGAUAUACACCAUGAAAAAAACAAGCUCCCCAAAUACACUCACUUCCGCUUCAUACGUGGCAGAGGGGUGAACUCUAAGAAACAGCAGUUGAAGUUGAUCAGUCAUUAUCAGUCAUUUACAUUUUACAUUUACGUCAUUUAGCAGACGCUCUUAUCCAGAGCGACUUACAGUUAGUGAGUGCAUACAUUAUUUUUUUAUACUGGUCCCCCGUGGGAAUCAAACCCACAACCCUGGCAUUGCAAACACCAUGCUCUACCAACUGAGCUACACCCCUGCCGGCCAUUCCCUCCCCUACCCUGGACGACGCUGGGCCAAUUGUGCGCCGCCCCAUUGGUCUCCCGGUCGCGGCCGGUUACGACAGAGCCUGGAUUCGAACCAGGAUCUCUAGUGACACAGCUUACACUGCGCUGCAGUGCCUUAGACCACUGCGCCACUCGGGUCAUUAUUAUAACAAUAUAUACAUGACAAAUGUAUAUAUUGACAAAUGGGAGAUCUGGAUGUAUACAUGACAAAUGUAUACAUGACAAAUGGGAGAUCUGGAAAUGGAAGAAUCAUCCAUCCCUACAUGUCAAAACGAUCAUAAGAAGACUGUGAAAAGAGAUUAGGCCUUUCUCGAUUUAAUCAUCAUCAAGUCAAGACUGCAUCAUAUAGAUAGUGCUUUAACUGAUGGAUUCAAAAGGACCAGACACCAACAGCAGAAUAUGAUGCUAUACUAUAUACUGUUACUUCAUAGAGAGAAACUCUAGAAAAGCCUGAGAUGUUUGAAGAGAGAGUGAAGCUGUAUCUGAAUGGGAUGUUUCAGUUCCUGUCCUCUCAGUAGUGAGAGUGAGGAGUUUUUUGUACGGCCGUGUAUACAAACUGAAACACUGUGGUAUUCGGACCAGGAACCAAGCUGAUUGUUACUGGUGAGUACCCUUCUAAUGUUUUAAUCUACAGAAUAUGCUUUGUUUCUAAUAUAAUGUUGGUCAGAUAUAUAUAUUUUUUUAUGUUUUAAUUCAUAAAAUUGAAUUUAUAUUAUAUAUUUACUGAUUUAAUAUUUUGCACCUGCUUUAAUCCUGUCUUGUAUGUUGUUUGUAAAUUAUUUAGAAAACAUUUUGACAGUGUGAAUGCCUGCUAUGUUCAUGUUUUAUCAUGCAUAUCUUGUGUUUUUGUUGUCUAUGUAGAUCCAUGCAAAGGAGAUAUUUAAUCUCCAAAAAUGUUAUCCAGUUCAAUUUCUUAGACAAAUAUAUAUAUAUUUAUUUAUUUUUAUAUUCCAUUUGCUUGUGAAUUAUUUGUAUUUUAUAUUUACAAUGUGCACAUUUCGUUCAGCUUUUAGCAUUUGAGUCUUCCAAGACUGUGAUGUAAUAUUGUAAUUAAUGUAUCCAGAAAUUGCUCUGUCUCUCUGCUCCAUGGGAAAAUCACAUUUUAACACCGUAUGAUUACUUCUAUCAAUAUAAUUGUGAACAUAAUGAACAGCAGUUCUAUAUUUAAUUGCUUCAUCAGUUUCCUCUUAAUGCAGGGUGUACUGGUAAUGAUACCAACAUCUACUGAAAUAUAAACUGUUAUAAAAUCUGUUCCCUUCUCAUCCCAUCCAUUGACUAUUUUCUAAUCUAGAUGGAGAUCUUUCUACACCUGCUGUGACCCUGUUCCCUCCAUCCACUGAAGACCUCAAGUCCAGCAGAGCAACGCUAGUGUGUCUGGCCAGUAACCUGUCUCAGAGGUCCAAGGGGUUACAGAUGUCAGCUGGAUGUCUAACGGUGAAUCAGUGACAGAAUAUAUUUCUACCAGUCCUGCUGAGCAGCAACCAGACAAAACCUUCAAGAUCAGCAGCUAUCUGACCAUUCAGACUGCAGAGUGGGACAAGGACGUGGUGUUCACAUGUAAAGUGUCGUUGGGGUCAACAUUCUCUGAGAAAGAGAUCAGAAAGACUAUUUGCAGUCUGUAAAGCAAUAGUUUCAAUAUUUAAUGAGUGCAGUUGGUAGUUUAUAGCUUUUAAGUGAUGUUUUGAUCAUUGCUUUGCUGUCAAAUAUAGGAGUUAAAAUCCAAACAACAUGGGUGAUAUUUGGCUGAAGUCUGAAUGCAGCAGUGAAUAGUAUAACAAUAACCAAUGUAAUGUCAAAUAGUUGUUUAGGGUUGUUUCUCAUGACAAGUUACUAUUGAUGCAUUCACUGUACGAGCAUCAUGUUCUCUAAAACAUAACAUCUGAAAUACUGUCAUGAUGAGUAGACCUCUCUACUAUUGGGAAAUGAGUUGAAUUACUAAUGAUGAAUAGAGGAAAUGUUAUAGCUUUGCUGUAUUGUGGAUAUUCAAUAAAGAGCAUUCCAAAGAACAAGUGUUUGUAUUUGAGCAUGUUGAUGAGCAUCAGUGUUAGCAGCACUAAAUGAGGGGGAAUCAGGAGAAUCAUUGUUUAAAUUGAACCAAGACAGAGGAGCCCAGAAUCCUUACCAGGUUUACUAUCAUAACAAGGAUUCUGACCAACCAGAGAUGACCUAGCAGUUUACUGUAGCAUCCAGGUAUUUCAGACUAGAACACCGGCCUCCAUGUUAACUGAGGAUGCAGGAAUGAGAGGUCAGUGUUUCUUGGGGUUGUACUCAUUCUUCUUCUUCCUCCAAACACGGCGAGUGGAGUUUAGACCCAAAAGCUCUAUUUAUGUCUCAUCAGACCACAUGACCUUCUCCCAUUCCUCCUCUGGAUCAUCCAGAUGGUCAUUGGCAAACUUCAGACGGACCUGGACAUGCGCUGGCUUGAGCAGGGGGACCUUGCUUGCACUGCAGGAUUUUAAUCCAUGACGGCGUAGUGUGUUACUAAUGGUUUUCUUUGAGACUGUGGUCCCAGCUCUCUUCAGUCAUUGACCAGGUCCUGCCGUGUAGUUCUGGGCUGAUCCCUCACCUUCCUCAUGAUCAUUGAUGCCCCACGAGGUGAGAUCUUGCAUGGAGCCCCAGACCGAGGUUGAUUGACCGUCAUCUUGAACUUCUUCCAUUUUCUAAUAGUUGCGCCAACAGUUGUUGCCUUCUCACCAAGCUGCUUGCCUAUUGUCCUGUAGCCCAUCCCAGCCUUGUGCAGGUCUACAAUUGUAUCUCUGAUGUCCUUACACAGCUCUCUGGUCUUGGCCAUUGUGGAGAGGUUGGAGUCUGUUUGAUUGAGUGUGUGGACAGGUGUCUUUUAUACAGGUAACGAGUUCAAACAGGUGCAGUUAGUACAGGUAAUGAGUGGAGAACAGGGGGGCUUCUUAAAGAAAAACUAACAGGUCUGUGAGAGCUGGAAUUCUUACUGGUUGGUAGGUGAUCAAAUACUUAUGUCAUGCAAUAAAAUGCAAAUUAAUUACUUAAAAAUCAUACAAUGUGAUUUUCUCGAUUUUUGUUUUAGAUUCCGUCUCUCACAGUUGAAGUGUACCUAUGAUAAAAAUCACAGACCUCUACAUGCUUUGUAAGUAGGAAAACCAGCAAAAUCGGCAGUGUAUCAAAUACUUGUUCUCCCCACUGUAGCUGGUGAUUGGUUACCUAUAGACAUAGCUGGUGAUUGGUUACCUAUAGACAUAGCUGGUGAUUGGUUACCUAUAGACAUAGCUGGUGAUUGGUUACCUAUAGACAUAGCUGCGCGAAGUAUGGGUGCUGAGGGUGCUGCAAAAAGUCAAAAUAAAUAAUACAUUUAAAAAAAGAAAUAUCCCCAUCAGAGAAAAACUGAAUGGGAUGUUUCAGUUCCUGUCCUCUCAGUAGUAAGAGUGAGGAGUUUUUUGUACGGCCGUGUAUACAAACUGAAACACUGUGGUAUUCGGACCAGGAACCAAGCUGAUUGUUACUGGUGAGUACCCUUCUAAUGUUUUAAUCUACAGAAUAUGCUUUGUUUCUAAUAUAAUGUUGGUCAGAUAUAUAUAUUUUUUUAUGUUUUAAUUCAUAAAAUUGAAUUUAUAUUAUAUAUUUACUGAUUUAAUAUUUUGCACCUGCUUUAAUCCUGUCUUGUAUGUUGUUUGUAAAUUAUUUAGAAAACAUUUUGACAGUGUGAAUGCCUGCUAUGUUCAUGUUUUAUCAUGCAUAUCUUGUGUUUUUGUUGUCUAUGUAGAUCCAUGCAAAGGAGAUAUUUAAUCUCCAAAAAUGUUAUCCAGUUCAAUUUCUUAGACAAAUAUAUAUAUAUUUAUUUAUUUUUAUAUUCCAUUUGCUUGUGAAUUAUUUGUAUUUUAUAUUUACAAUGUGCACAUUUCGUUCAGCUUUUAGCAUUUGAGUCUUCCAAGACUGUGAUGUAAUAUUGUAAUUAAUGUAUCCAGAAAUUGCUCUGUCUCUCUGCUCCAUGGGAAAAUCACAUUUUAACACCGUAUGAUUACUUCUAUCAAUAUAAUUGUGAACAUAAUGAACAGCAGUUCUAUAUUUAAUUGCUUCAUCAGUUUCCUCUUAAUGCAGGGUGUACUGGUAAUGAUACCAACAUCUACUGAAAUAUAAACUGUUAUAAAAUCUGUUCCCUUCUCAUCCCAUCCAUUGACUAUUUUCUAAUCUAGAUGGAGAUCUUUCUACACCUGCUGUGACCCUGUUCCCUCCAUCCACUGAAGACCUCAAGUCCAGCAGAGCAACGCUAGUGUGUCUGGCCAGUAACCUGUCUCAGAGGUCCAAGGGGUUACAGAUGUCAGCUGGAUGUCUAACGGUGAAUCAGUGACAGAAUAUAUUUCUACCAGUCCUGCUGAGCAGCAACCAGACAAAACCUUCAAGAUCAGCAGCUAUCUGACCAUUCAGACUGCAGAGUGGGACAAGGACGUGGUGUUCACAUGUAAAGUGUCGUUGGGGUCAACAUUCUCUGAGAAAGAGAUCAGAAAGACUAUUUGCAGUCUGUAAAGCAAUAGUUUCAAUAUUUAAUGAGUGCAGUUGGUAGUUUAUAGCUUUUAAGUGAUGUUUUGAUCAUUGCUUUGCUGUCAAAUAUAGGAGUUAAAAUCCAAACAACAUGGGUGAUAUUUGGCUGAAGUCUGAAUGCAGCAGUGAAUAGUAUAACAAUAACCAAUGUAAUGUCAAAUAGUUGUUUAGGGUUGUUUCUCAUGACAAGUUACUAUUGAUGCAUUCACUGUACGAGCAUCAUGUUCUCUACAUUUACAUUACAUUUUAGUUAUUUAGCAGACGCUCUUAACCAGAGCGACUUACAGGAGCAAUUAGGGUUAAGUGCCUUGCUCAAGGGCACAUUAACGUCAUUUAGCAGACGCUCUUAGCCAGAGCGACUCACAAAUUGGUGCGUUCACCCUAUAGCCAGUGGGAUAACCACUUUACAAUUUGGGGGGGGGGGGGGGGGGGGGGGUGGGGGGGGGGGGGGGGGGGGGUUAGAAGGAAUACUUUAGCCUAUCCCAGGUAUUCCUUAAAGAGGUGGGGUUUCAAAUGUCUCCGGAAGGUGGUGAGUGACUCCGCUGUCCUGGCGUCGUGAGGGAGCUUGUUCCACCAUUGGGGUGCCAGAGCAGCGAACAGUUUUGACUGGGCUGAGGGGGAGCUGUGCUUCCGCAGAGGAAGGGGAGCCAGCAGGCCAGAGGUGGAUGAACGCAAUGUCCUCGUUUGGGUGUAGGGACUGAUCAGAGCCUGUAAAACAUAACAUCUGAAAUACUGUCAUGAUGAGUAGACCUCUCUACUAUUGGGAAAUGAGUUGAAUUACUAAUGAUGAAUAGAGGAAAUGUUAUAGCUUUGCUGUAUUGUGGAUAUUCAAUAAAGAGCAUUCCAAAGAACAAGUGUUUGUAUUUGAGCAUGUUGAUGAGCAUCAGUGUUAGCAGCACUAAAUGAGGGGGAAUCAGGAGAAUCAUUGUUUAAAUUGAACCAAGACAGAGGAGCCCAGAAUCCUUACCAGGUUUACUAUCAUAACAAGGAUUCUGACCAACCAGAGAUGACCUAGCAGUUUACUGUAGCAUCCAGGUAUUUCAGACUAGAACACCGGCCUCCAUGUUAACUGAGGAUGCAGGAAUGAGAGGUCAGUGUUUCUUGGGGUUGUACUCAUUCUUCUUCUUCCUCCAAACACGGCGAGUGGAGUUUAGACCCAAAAGCUCUAUUUAUGUCUCAUCAGACCACAUGACCUUCUCCCAUUCCUCCUCUGGAUCAUCCAGAUGGUCAUUGGCAAACUUCAGACGGACCUGGACAUGCGCUGGCUUGAGCAGGGGGACCUUGCUUGCACUGCAGGAUUUUAAUCCAUGACGGCGUAGUGUGUUACUAAUGGUUUUCUUUGAGACUGUGGUCCCAGCUCUCUUCAGGUCAUUGACCAGGUCCUGCCGUGUAGUUCUGGGCUGAUCCCUCACCUUCCUCAUGAUCAUUGAUGCCCCACGAGGUGAGAUCUUGCAUGGAGCCCCAGACCGAGGUUGAUUGACCGUCAUCUUGAACUUCUUCCAUUUUCUAAUAGUUGCGCCAACAGUUGUUGCCUUCUCACCAAGCUGCUUGCCUAUUGUCCUGUAGCCCAUCCCAGCCUUGUGCAGGUCUACAAUUGUAUCUCUGAUGUCCUUACACAGCUCUCUGGUCUUGGCCAUUGUGGAGAGGUUGGAGUCUGUUUGAUUGAGUGUGUGGACAGGUGUCUUUUAUACAGGUAACGAGUUCAAACAGGUGCAGUUAGUACAGGUAAUGAGUGGAGAACAGGGGGGCUUCUUAAAGAAAAACUAACAGGUCUGUGAGAGCUGGAAUUCUUACUGGUUGGUAGGUGAUCAAAUACUUAUGUCAUGCAAUAAAAUGCAAAUUAAUUACUUAAAAAUCAUACAAUGUGAUUUUCUCGAUUUUUGUUUUAGAUUCCGUCUCUCACAGUUGAAGUGUACCUAUGAUAAAAAUCACAGACCUCUACAUGCUUUGUAAGUAGGAAAACCAGCAAAAUCGGCAGUGUAUCAAAUACUUGUUCUCCCCACUGUAGCUGGUGAUUGGUUACCUAUAGACAUAGCUGGUGAUUGGUUACCUAUAGACAUAGCUGGUGAUUGGUUACCUAUAGACAUAGCUGGUGAUUGGUUACCUAUAGACAUAGCUGCGCGAAGUAUGGGUGCUGAGGGUGCUGCAAAAAGUCAAAAUAAAUAAUACAUUUAAAAAAAGAAAUAUCCCCAUCAGAGAAAAACUGAAUGGAAUGUUUCAGUUCCUGUCCUCUAGGUAGUGAGAGGGAUGCUCUGUCUAAAUGGGAUGUUUCAGUUCCUGUCCUCUCGGUAUUGAGAGGGAUGCUCUGUCUAAAUGGGAUAUUUCAGUUCUUGUCCUCUCAGUAGUGAGAGGGAUGCUCUGUCUAAAUGGGAUGUUCCAGUUCCUGUCCUCUCGGUAUUGAGAGGGAUGCUCUGUCUAAAUGGGAUAUUUCAGUUCCUGUCCUCUCAGUAGUGAAAGUGAUGCUCUGUCUAAAUGGGAUGUUUCAGUUCCUGUCCUCUCGGUAUUGAGAGGGAUGCUCUCUCUAAAUGGGAUGUUUCAGUUCCUGUCCUCUCGGUAGUGGUAGCCAUGCUGGUUAAGUGUGCCUUGAAUUCUAAAUAAAUCAUAGACAGUGUCACCAGCAAAGCACCCCCACCCCAUAACACCUCCUCCUCCAUGCUUUACGGUGGGAAAUACACAUGCGGAGAUCAUCCGUUCACCCACACCGCGUCUCACAAAGACAUGGCGGUUGGAACCAAAAAUCUCAAAUUUGGAGUCAAGACCAAAGGACAAAUUUCCACCGGUCUAUUGUCCAUUGCUCGUGUUUCUUGGCCCAAGGAAGUCUCUUCUUAUUAUUGGUGUCCUUUAGUAGUGGAUUAUUUGCAGUAAUUCGACCAUGAAGGCCUGAUUCACACAGUCUCCUCUGAACAGUUGAUGUUGAGAUAUGUCUGUUACUUUAAAUCUGUAAAGCAUUUAUUUGGGCUGCAAUUUCUGAGGCUGGUAACUCUAAUGAACUUAUCCUCUGCAGCAGAGGUAACUCUGGGUCUUCCAUUCCUGUGGCGGUCCUCAUGAGAGCCAGUUUCAUCAUAGCGCUUGAUGGUUUUUGCGACUGCACUUGAAGAAACUUUAAAAGUUCUUGACAUUUUCCGUAUUGACUGACCUUUAUGUCUUAAAGUAAUGAUGGACUGUUGUUUCUUUUUGCUUAUUUGAGCUGUUCUUGCCAUAAUAUGGACUUGGUACCAAAUAUGGCUAUCUUCUGUAUACCCCCCUACCUUGUCACAACACAACUGAUUGGCUCAAACACAUUAAGAAGGAAAGAAAUUCCACAAAUUAGCUUUUAAGAAGGCACACCUGUUAAUUGAAAUGCAUUCCAGGUGACUACCUCAUUACAUUUUAAAUUUUAGUCAUUUAGCAGACGCUCUCAUCCAGAGCGACUUACAGUUAGUGAGUGCAUACAUUUUCAUACUGGCCCCCCGUGGGAAACGAACCCACAACCCUGGCGUUGCAAGCGCCAUGCUCUACCAACUGACCUACAGGGGACUCAUGAAGCUGUUUGAGAGAAUGCCAAGAGUGUGCAAAGCUGUCAUCAAGGCAAUGUCACAAUGCGUAGUUAAGGGACGGUAGAUGAAGCGUUCGUGGAGUGACAUCCUUUUUAUUUAAACCAAUCACACUAUAAUUAUUAUUAUUUAUUUUUUUUAUUUUUUUUGGGGGGGAUGGAUCAGCUUAAUAUUGCAGAUAGAUUGUAUCUAUCUGCAGAUAGAUUGUAUCACACUAUAAGUUAUCAAAAAUAAACAAGGAGAGAAAAGCACCAAGUGACUUACGUGCUGUGAACACAAUUGCAGACAGGCACAAACACGAACAAUAAUCCACACACAGGUGGAUGUGAGAGGUGCCUAAAUACUAUCCCCAAUCAGAGACAAACUCUAGACAGCUGUCUCUGAUUGGGGGUCAUAAACCAGCCCUAGUUAUGAUGUGAGGACUUGACUGUGGUCCUACACCAGCUGAUGGUUUCAUGUCUACUAUCUGUAGUUAUCAGAGUAAUUCACCAGGGACGUGUUCUAGCUCUGACACUGAGUUACAGGCAGUGAUGUGUUUCUCUCUUUCUUUCUCCCCCAGGACACACCUGCUUCCCCUCCCCUCCUCCUCCCCUCCUCCUCCCCCCCUCCUCUCCUUAUUUAUAGCUUCAUGUAAAUGAAGAGGUUAUUUUAUCUCCUCUCAGAACUGUGUGGGGGGGGAGAGGACUGAAACUGAGACUGUGUCCCUAAUCAUGGCUACCCGGACUAUUUGCACUGCCCCCCACCCCCCCACCCCAUCUUUUUACGCAACUGCUACUCUGUUAAUUAUUUAUGCAUAGUCACUUUAACUCUACCCACAUGUACAUAUUACCUCAACUACCUCAACUAGCCGGUGCCCCCGCACAUUGACUCUGCACCGGUACCCCCCUGUAUAUAGCCUCCCUACUGUUAUUUUAUUUUACUUCUGCUCUUUUUUUCUCAACACUUUUUUGUUGUUGUUGUUUUAUUUUACUUUUUUAUAAAAAAAUAAAUGCAUUGUUGGUUAAGGGCUGUAAGUAAGCAUUUCACUGUAAUGUCUACACCUGUUGUAUUCGGCGCAUGUGGCAAAUAAAACUUGAUUUGAUUUGGUUUGAUUUGAUUUAAUGGCGCUCUAUUCCCUUUAAAGUGCACCACAUUUGACAAAGGUUCAUUGGGUUCUGAUAAAUAUAAAUAAAGAUCAGUCAUCAUUAUGUUGGUCCUAUGUAGAACUAGUAUAGGAUAUUAAACUCCAGUUAUGGUUUGAUGGAGGUAGAAUAUGAGUCAGUGAAUAAGACAGGACCUCACGUAGAGCAAUGAUCAUACUAGUUGGUCUCUCAUACAAUCUGGUUACUUUAACCAUUCAGAGAAAUGACAAUGAAAAAUAAUUAUUAUAUAUAUAUAUAUGAUAUAUAACAUUAUUAUUUUAAGAUCUGUCUGUUGGUCUUGUGAAGCCCCAGAUAUGUCAAUCAACAAUGAGAGUAGCUGGUGAUAGGUUAACUGUAGAGGCCCCUCCCUCUGGUCCUCCCUGUCUCUCCUUAUAGGUGAGUCCUGCAGCUUCUCCUCUCCUCACACACCAACCCUGUUCAUCUCUCAGCUGGACAGUAAGGGCCGUUCACACCACACACUGACAACAUGCUGGGGACACUCUGCACUCUCAUCACUGCUCUAACAUGUAAGGAGUCUGACUUCCUGGAGGUUUUACUUCAUGUUUUAUUAAUAAUGAGUCUGUAUGUUUCUCUUUACUACAUGUCAUCUUCUUAUUUCCCAGGUGUCAGUGGUGUGACUGUGGUGACACAGAAGCCUCCUGUUGUGACGGUGAGGAAAGGAGACACGGCCACUAUGGACUGUAACCUGGGGACUGUUGAGAAUAGUGGUGCUCGUUGGUACAAACAGGUUCCAGGAGGAGUCCCUCAGUUUGUUUUAUAUUUCUACCACACUAAUAGUGCUCCUACCUAUGGCUCUGGUUUCUCCUCUCCUAAAUUCACAUCUAAUCAUCAGUCUAAAUCCGAUUAUCGUUUGAUUAUUAACACUGUGGAGGAGUCCGACUCAGCAGUGUAUUACUGCCAGACAUAUGACAGCUCUGUUAAAGAGUAUGUAUCACAGUGAUAUACACCAUGACAAAAACCUCCUCCCCAAAUACACUCACUUCUGAUUCAUGUGAGGCAGAGGGGUGAACUCUAAGAAACAGCAGUUGAAGUUGAUCAGUGAUUAUUAUAACAAUAUAUACAUGACACAAUUGGAGAUCUGGAAAUGGAAGAAUCAUCCAUCUCUACAUGUCAAAAAGAGCAUAAGAAGACAUUGUCUGAAAGGAAACUGAUGUUGGCUCUCUUGGUGUGAUCAUCAUCUUCAUCAUCAUCAUCACCAUCAUCAUCAUCAUCAUCAUCAUCAUUAUAUCAUCAUCACCAUCACCAUCACCAUCACAUCACCAUCAUCAUCAUCAUGAUCAUCAUCAUCAUCAUCAACAACAUUAUAUCACCAUCACCAUCAUCAUCAUUAUAUCACCAUCAUCAUCAUCAUCAUCAUUAUAUCACCAUCAUCAUCAUCAUCAUCACCACCAUCAUCACCACCACCACCAUCAUCAUUAUAUCAUCAUCAUCAACAACAACAACAUCAUCAUCAUCAUCAUCAUCAUACUCAUCAUCCAUCAUCACCACCAACAUCAUCAUCAAGUCAGACUGCAUCACAUAGAUAGUGCAUUAACUCAUGGAUUCAAAAGGACCAGACACCAACAGCAGAAUAUGAUGUUAUACUAUAUAUUGUUACUUCAUAGAGAGAAACUCUAGAAAAGCCUGAGAUGUUUGAAGAGAGAGUGAAGCUGUAUCUGAAUGGGAUGUUUCAGUUCCUGUCCUCUCAGUAGUGAGAGUGAGGAGGUUUUUGUACGGCCAUGAACACAAACUGAAUCACUGUGGUAUUCGGACCAGGAACCAAGCUCAUUGUCACUGGUGAGUUCCCUUUAUUUUAACCUUAUAUUUUUGUUUUCAAGGGUUUGUAAUGCAUCAUAGUUAAUAGAGUUAAAGUAUGUAACAUGAUAUUCUUACUUCAUAAUUAUUUAAUGUAAAUAACCUACUUUGUGUACUGAUUAUCAAGGGUCAUGGACACAAUGUGACAACUUCAUAGCCUACAGUAUAUCUGUAGUUGUUGAUUUCUCAUUUAAACUAAAAAAAAUGUAUUGCACUAUUUGACCAUGUAGGUUAUUGCUGUCACUUGACAACACUACUCAUUUAUAAUGUCUCAUACAAUAAUAAUCUAUUUAGUCAGAGGUAGAAUUGAAUGUGAAGGAUACAUAAAGUUGUAUCAACCUUUAAAAUGUUGGUCCCAUGUUAUAUUAAAUAAUGAUAAAACCAUGUAUAUGGUAGUUACAGACAAUGUUGCUACAUGAUUAAUGACAUUGUAGGCUACUACAUUACAGUUGGUAACUCUGUUUUCUGGUUGAAUAAGUAGGAGGAUAUACAUUUGAUUUUAAGCACAUCUGACUACUUGAUUAUGUUUAAAGUUAGAGAUCUAAACUCAUUAUUCACUUGCACAGAAAUAUGCUUUGCCUCCGCAAAGUCACACAUUGGGAGUUUCUUAGAAAGUUUCAAAAUAAGGCAAGCUACAAACAGACAUAAUGUGCAACAUGUAACAAUAGAAUUACAUGGUUUCAUUUUUUAUUCUACAGUAUGAUGCACACAACCCUGUUUCAUUCUACUAACAUAUUUAAUGACUUUGUGUAGCCUAAUGUUUCUUCUGCUCAUUCCAUUGGUCCAGGCUCUACCCUCCCUCCUCCUGUCUUGACCAUCCUCCCCCCGUCCAGUGUUGAGUUGAAGUCCAGCAAAGUCACCCUGGUGUGUCUGGCUAGUCAGAUGGCCAUGGGCUACGCUGAUGUGAGCUGGACAGCGGGAGGGAAUCCGGUCACCAGCGGCAUCGCUACGAGUGGCCCCGUGCCGCAAGCCGACAAGACGUUCCAACUCAGCAGCUGUCUGACGGUUGACACGUCAGAAUGGAACCAGGACAAAGUGUUCUCAUGUAAAGUCACCGCGGGCUCCAAGUUCGCUGAGAAAGGCAUCAAGAAGUCUGAAUGCAGCACUGAAUAG